AUGUCUUCAUUCUUUAAUACUAAUUAUUUUCAAGCUAUUCUUAAUCUAAUUGGAAAUGAAAAUUCAACAAUAAGUACUCUUUGGGGUAUAUUUUGGCAAGCAUUUUAUGCACUUGCUGGUUGUUUGAUUGGAGCAGUAGUUUUAGGAAACGUUGGUGCUCUUAUUGGCACUUUUAUUGGGGCUUGGUUAGGUUUUCGAGCUGUUAAUCCUUAUCAUUCCUUAAUAAGUCAAUUGAAUCAAUUAAAUGAUCAUCAAAAGCAAAAUUUAACUGAUGAAAUUCGUCGCACUAUUAGUUCACCAACGGUUGAUAGUUUACUUCGAUAUAUAUUGUAUUUUGAAUAUGAACAUAUUGAUGUACUUAUUGCUUAUUUGUUUUUUGUUUUAAUUAAAGAUAAGUAUUAUAUAAGAAUGAAUUUAUCGGAAGUAUCAAAACAAUUACUUGAUGCGAAAAGAAAAAACAAUUUAACAUUUGCCGAUAUUGGACAAAAAUUAGGACGUGAUGAAGUAUGGGUAGCUGCUUUAUUUUACGGUCAAGCAAGUUUUCCGGAUGAAAAAGAAUGUCAAAAAUUAUUUAAUAUACUUCAUGUAAAUUUAUCAUCUGAACAGAUGUAUGAAUUAACACAUCCACCAUUUAAAGGUUCAAUUCUUCCAUCAUUACCACCAACAGAUCCCUUACUCUAUCGAUUUCAUGAAAUUCUUCUUCAAUACGGUAUACCAAUGAAAGAAGUUAUACAUGAAAAAUUUGGUGAUGGUAUUAUGUCAGCUGUCGAUUUUACAAUUAAAGUUGACAAAGAUGAAACGAUUAAAGAAGCCCCAAGAGUAAAUAUUAAUAUGUCCGGCAAAUUUUUACCAUAUAAAAGAUGGUGA